AUGGCUUUCAACCGCCCCGGCAUCGCUUCAAUGUCCCUAGGUCGACCGUGGGUACACGACCUGCCCGGCAAGCUGAUGCAAGCCGCAGACCACGGCUUCGAGGGCAUUGAACUCUUCUUCGACGACCUAGACUGCUACGCCCAGCGGGUAUUUGGCGGUGAUCACCACGAAGCCGCACGGUCAACACGGCGGAUGUGCAAGCGCCUGGGCCUGACCAUUAUCUGCCUACAGCCAUUUUCCAUGUACGAGGGUCUCAUCGACCGCGCGGAGUCAGACCGGCUCAUCAAUGAGAAGCUCCCUAAGUGGUUCACCCUAGCGCGGGCGCUGGGCACAGAUAUGAUCCAGGUUCCGUCGAACUUCCUAGGUGCAGACCCGAAGACCGGUGCUGCUCGCACCACUGGCGACCGCACUGUCAUUGUUCGUGAUCUUCAGCGCCUGGCUGAUUUAGGCGCCGGUGCUGGCUUCCGGUUUGUCUACGAGGCUCUCUGUUGGGGCGAUCAUAUUGAUACCUGGGAGGCCUCGUGGGAGGUGGUCCGUGAUGUCAACCGUCGCAACUUUGGUCUGUGUCUGGACUCUUUCAAUAUCGCCGGUCGUGUAUAUGCCGACCCUGCUGCACCUUCGGGCCGCACACCUAAUGCGGCUGCGGACUUGGCUGCCUCGUUGCAGCGUCUGCGCACUGCCAACAUCGAUCCAGCCAAAAUUUUCUACGUCCAGCUUGUUGACGGUGAGCGUCUUUCUGCCCCGUUGGAUGAAAAGCAUCCUUUCCAUGUUGCUGGACAGCCUGUCCGCAUGAACUGGUCCCGCAAUGCCCGUCUAUUUCCCCUCGAGGAGUCCCGUGGUGGUUAUCUGCCCAUUGUGGAUGUCGCUCGCGUCUUCUUCGAAGAUCUCGGCUUCCGCGGCUGGGUUUCUCUUGAACUCUUUAGCCGAACUCUUGGCGAGACCGAUCCAUUUGUUCCUGCCGACCACGCUCGUCGUGGCAUGGACUCAUAUAACAAAAUGGCUCGUAUCUUGCACUGGGAUGAGCCUGCUGAGAACAUCUCGGUGCCAAUCCCAGCGCCCGAAUCACCUGUUCAACACCGCCUCUAG